AGAGUGAGGAGGCGAUGAGGAGGAAGGUGCAAUAAACACACAGGGCGUCUGCGCCUAUCUAAGUAGGACAAUAAAGUGAAAACGGCAUCAAUGUUCUAACAAUGGAUUUGUCAGACAUGCUUCUUCUUAAAGUUUUCCUUUUCGUGUACUUGCUAAACUACACCCAAGGACACUAUAGAAAUCCCCUGAACAAGUACAUCCGUCACUAUGAAGGCCUGUCCUACGACACAGAGCUUUUGCACAGCAACCAUCAGAGGGCCAAGAGGGCGCUCUCUCAUGAAGACAAGUUCCUUCAUUUAGAUUUUCACGCCCAUGGAAGGCAAUUUAAUUUACGAAUGAAAAGGGAUACCAUGCUGUUUGCCCCAGAUUUUAAGGUAGACGUUUCAGGAGACGAGAUUCCUUUUGAUACCUCUCAUAUCUACACUGGAGAAAUCUAUGGUGAGAAAGGUACCCUGACUCAUGGCUCCGUUGUGGAUGGUAAGUUCGAGGGCUUCAUUCAGAGCUACCAGGGCACCUACUACGUGGAGCCCAUUGACAGAUACCUGCAGGGCAAAGAUGUGCCCUUCCACUCAGUCAUCUAUCAUGAAGACGACAUACACUACCCGCACAAGUACGGCCCAGAGGGAGGCUGCGCUGAUAGCUCAGUGUUUGAAAGGAUGAAGAAGUAUCAAGCCUCGGCCUUAGAGGAGCCACCCAAGCAGGAGCUCCUCACUGAGGCGAGCUAUAAUGAGCCUGUGCUGCUGAGGAAGAAGAGGAUGGCCCAGGUGGAGAAAAACACCUGCCAGCUUUUCAUUCAGACUGAUCACCUCUUCUUCAAGUACUACAAGACCAGAGAGGCUGUCAUUGCUCAGAUUUCCAGUCAUGUCAAGGCCAUUGAUGCCAUCUAUCAGGGCACAGACUUCAUGGGCAUUCGCAACAUCAGCUUCAUGGUGAAAAGGAUCAGGAUAAAUACCACCAGUGAUGAGAGGGAUCGGUCCAACCCGUUCCGCUUUCCCAACAUCGGUGUAGAGAAGUUCCUGGAGCUGAACUCGGAGCAGAACCACGACGACUACUGCUUGGCUUAUGUUUUUACCGACAGAGACUUUGAUGACGGAGUGCUGGGUUUGGCCUGGGUGGGAGCCCCAUCAGGGAGCUCCGGAGGCAUCUGUGAAAAAAGCAAGCUGUACUCGGAUGGAAAAAAGAAGUCUCUCAACACUGGUAUAAUCACUGUACAGAACUAUGCCUCCCACGUACCUCCAAAAGUCUCCCAUAUCACUUUUGCACAUGAAGUAGGACACAACUUUGGCUCCCCGCACGACUCUGGAUCUGAGUGCACCCCGGGAGAAUCCAAGAGCCAAGACAAGAAGGAGAAGGGCAAUUAUAUCAUGUAUGCAAGAGCUACAUCAGGAGACAAGCUCAACAAUAAUAAGUUCUCCAUUUGUAGCGUGCGCAACAUCAGCCAGGUGCUGGAGAAGAAGAGAAGCAACUGUUUUGUCGAGUCUGGUCAGCCCAUCUGUGGUAACGGCCUGGUGGAGCCAGGAGAGGAGUGUGACUGUGGCUACAGUGAUCAGUGCAGAGACCUGUGCUGCUAUGAUGCCAACCAGCCUGACAACAAGAAGUGCAAAUUAAAGCCCAACAAAGUCUGCAGUCCCAGCCAGGGUCCCUGCUGUACUGCCGAGUGCUCUUACAAGGGUCGUAAUGAGAAGUGCAGAGAGGAGUCAGAGUGCGCUCACCAGGGCAUGUGUAACGGAGUCGGUGCCCAGUGCCCCACGUCUGAGCCCAAGGCCAACUUCACUGCCUGCCACGGAGAGACUCAAGUCUGCCUCAACGGGGGCUGCUCCGGCUCCAUCUGUGAGAAGUAUGGGCUUGAGGCGUGCACCUGUGCCAGCCAAGAUGGCAAGGACGAGACUGAGCUUUGCCACGUGUGCUGCAUGGAGAAGAUGAAUCCCAACACGUGCAGCAGCACGGGGUCAGAGCGUCUGGCUCGUUUCUUCAAUAAGAAAGUGACCACGCUGCCAGCCGGCUCGCCGUGCAAUGACUUCAAGGGCUACUGCGACGUGUUCAUGAAGUGUCGUCUGGUGGACGCAGAUGGACCGCUGGCCAGGCUGAAGAAGGCCAUCUUCAACCCAGAGCUCUAUGAAAAUAUUGCAGAGUGGAUUGUGGCCCAUUGGUGGGCAGUUCUGUUGAUGGGCAUCGCCCUCAUCAUGCUCAUGGCCGGCUUCAUUAAGAUCUGCAGCGUGCACACACCGAGCAGUAACCCCAAACUUCCCCCUCCUAAACCACUUCCGGGCACGUUAAAGAGGCGGCGAGCACAGCAGCAUGCCAACUCCCAGGUGCAGCACCAGUCUCAGCACCCGCACGCCCACCAGCACGGACACGGGGGACACGGCGGGCAUGGCGGCCAGCGGCAACCCCAGAGGCAGCCUCAGCGGCAGGCGCAGCCCCAGAGGCACCACCGUCAGCCCAGAGAGAACUAUCAGAUGGGCCAGAUGAGACGCUGAGACCCUGCACCAGCUCCCGCCCCCCCCAACCCCCCCUCGUCCCCCCAAUGCCUUGGCUCCUCCUUGUGCCUACAGUGGGAAACAAAAGCGUCACUCCAUCCAAAGAAAAGCCUGACAUGGUUGUUAGUCAUCAUCAUAUCCUCCAUUUACAGACACGUGAAAAAGAGAAAACACUAUCUAGCAACUCGAUUGGCUCUUUGCGGAGUGGACUCGACCAUCAGCCAUUUCCAAUGCAGUGCGAUCUAGCAUCCUUUUCCACCAUUUUUUUUUCUUUUCAAAGGAGUGCCAAGGAGUUAAGGAAUCAUGUGUAGCUUUAGUACAUUCUGUGAUGUGUUUUUUGUUCUAUUGCAACGUCUUCUUGAGUGACACGCCCGUGGCUGCUGGUGAAUUGUUCCGUGAUUUUUCUUUCGCCAUUCUAGCCAGGAAUGAGAGACACUCAGUGGGGAUUUGCGGCACUUUUGUGAUUUACACAUGUCAAACGGCAAAAGACACAGGCUCCGGUCUCUCGUGCAGACCGUCUUCUGCAUGUGACUGUACAUAUUUAGUGUAUCAUAAGUGAAAACAAACUAUUUCUUCUACUGUAAAUGUGUAAUUCUUCACUUUUUUUCUUUUAUUUUUUCGGUUAGUGCUCUCAGGACUCUUAACACAUAAUUGAAGGAAUAACGGUUGUGAUGAGUUCCUUGGAUGUUGCUGUUGAGGAUUUGGCGCCAUCAAGUCCUCUUCACAGUCCAAUCAGGUGGAUCUCUUUCACUUUUGAUUGCUAGAUUUUGAAUUUGAACAACAAGGUCACCAUAUCCCACUUUUCAGGCCUUCUUUGUUCAAGGUCCCUUUUUCCAUCUUUUUUUUUAUUAUUGUCUUGCUAACAUCAUGUUUUGCUCAUGUUGUGUAUCAAGCUAGAUGCGGUAAAGCCUCAUGGGAACAGAAAGGGAAGAUCACCUAGUUUGGUACACCUUUUUUUUUUGUCUUUACCCAUUUUGUUUUUGAUAAUGAAGAAUGAAAUAACCACUAACUGAAGCUGAUGAUGACGAUUCUACCUGUUCAGAUAUGAAGACGAGGGAACGCGAAGGCUGCUGUGGCUUAGUUUAGAAAUGAGAGUGUAUCAUGUUACAGAGUUAGUUUACAUGAGUGUGGAAAUAAAUUUAAAAAUGACUCCGGUGUGGAUGUACAAAAAAAAUGUAAGAUUAAAUCAUUCUAUUAUUCUUCAGAUAGCAAAUCUAAGAACUUUUCAAUGUGGGCAUGCAGACACAUUUCUUAAAUGUGACUAUUAAUUGACCAAGGUCUGUAAUAUUUGUAUGUCACGCAACAUUAUUUACUUUGACAGCUAUUAAUGUUAGUCUUAAAACAAGUGGAAGGAGCAGUGUAUCGCAGCAGUAUUUUCACACUAUUCACACAUUUCCUCUGUGCGUUCACUAGUUCACAAGCUGCUGUUUUUAUUUUUUUAUUUCUUAAAAACUCACCUGCAGUUAUCUCCUGGUAACAUUAAAGUCACAGACUGAAUCCCCUUAGGAGCUCAUGGGUGCAGGCCUCAGUGUCAGUAAACAUCAGCGUGCCACAGGGCUGCACAAUUCUGAAAAAGUAUCUUAAUUGCGAUUUAUUUUGACAGAUAUUGCAGGCGAUUUGGAUACAGCACUGUUCCAUACUGUGAUUUCUAAAAACGUUUUGAUGAAUUGUGCAGCCCGAGCAUGCCAUAAAACUUUAUACAGCUGAACUUUUUGUGCAUAGGUUUUAUACAAACACAGGAAGUUACUGGAGCAACUUUCAAUGGAAGAAAUGAAGGAGAUGUGAUUGUUUUUUUUGUUGGAUUGUUUGACCUCAGGUGUUUUCUUCCUCCCCUCACUGCAGAACUGCAACAAACACUAACCAAAAGGAUUUGAUAAUGCGGUCAUGAUAUGUUUUGCAAAAUUUCCUAAUUUAUUUACCGUGCAGACGUUUCAUCCACUAACAGCAGGGUUUGUGCAGUCUUUGGAAAAUGCUUAAUUUUAACCGUUAUGUUUUUAAAGUCAGCAAUAUGCUUGAAUAUACUCCUUGAAGAAUGCUUGAUUUUCAAAAUAAUGUGGUGUUUUAUCUACACAAUCACCCAUAUAAACCUGAAAUAUGUUAUUAUUUUGAAUGAUCAGGCCUUUGACAAUCUGUACAUUUUUUGUUUAGGUACCUUGAAAGCACUUAAAAGUGGUUGAAUUUUACUCUGAAAAAUAAAACUGUACAAACCCUGUAGUAGGAUUUGGCAUGUGGGUAAAAAAGUUGGCACAAAGACAAAUAUAAGUUGGGAAUUUUGCAUGAUAUGUUUGGCUAAAGACGUUUUUUUGCUCUGACUUUAUUUGAUCCUGGCAUUAUUUUGAAAUGCAUGCAAUACUACUCACAGUAAUAUCUUACAACACUGUCCUGAUGGUUGUAAUAAUCACACAUGUGCUCUGGAGGGGACGUUAAAAACAGUGCGUCUCACAGUCAAUAGUUUAUUUCACAUGGCAGAUGAAUUAGGCAGGUCGGCGGUCGCUAUAACUUCUCAUGUCUGUACAAAAUGGAGCUCUUUUUAAAUUUCAUCUUCCAGGCCAGAUUACGCCUGUUAAGCCUGGAGAAUUUACAUGUAAACUUGUACAGUACUUCGAAAAUUUGCAUUUCAUUUGAAAAUGGAAAAAUUACAUUUUGAUACAUCCGUUUCAUUUUUUGUAUUCUAAUUCCAGAGUAAGUUGUUCAAAGAUGUUCAUAUGUGACAAACUUUCCUCUCCUCUAAGUUAUUUAUGUUCUUAUAUGUGCUAGUUGAACUGGAGUUUGCUUAUGAUACUUUUCUCCACCAUCAUCAGUGGUAAAAACAAUUCAGGGUGAUGGAGUUAAUGUUACAUUCUCAUUUUUGUCUUCGUUCUCCUGUGGCAUGGUUUGGGUAGAAGAGCAGAAGAAUAAUGCCUGUAAAUUUACUUUCUUUUUAAUUUCGUAGUCUUGGUAAAAAAAGUUUUUAGAUAAACGUGCACUGAAAAUGUCCAAAUUGAGUUGAAAUGUUGUAGGUGAUGUAGGCCGAAAGAACACAAGAUUAAAAAGUAAUACUACUGUCUGAUUUUAAUGUUCACUGUGUUUUAUACAGUAUUGGAAAUUUUUGUUCACUUUGAACAUUUUUACAAAAAAAAAUUUCAAAUUGUAUUGUGCAAAGAGAUGUAAUUUUUGGAGUACUUGAAAUGCAUUAAUUAAAAGACUUGUUCAAAAUAAAAUAGACCCCUGUUUACUGUC